UACGCCCGCCCCGCCCCGCCCCCCGGUCUCGUGCCUGGGCCCACGUGAUGACGUCAGCACGGGGGUGGCCGAGUCUAUGUAAACACAGCGGCGUUGUGUAUCGCAGUCUAAUGAUCACAAUACGAUAGCAAAUUACACUUAUUAUAACAACGGUGGCGGCGGCGGUAGUAGUAGUAGUAGUAGUUCUUGUUGGUGGUGUUGAGGCUGUGCGUUUGUUGCGUGCCGCGGUAGUUGUUGGUUGUCGUGAGGGAAGUUAUUGACGACUCGGCUGGGCCCUGUGGCGGAGGAGCGAGGAGGUUACGGACGGCAACAUCCACCACGGUCACCACAGGGUGCAAGGGGGUGAGGCUCGACGGUUGUCCGAUGGCGGAGCAGCCAGGCUCCUUCACCAUCGAUGAUGCCUUCGAGAUCAGCCUGGAGGAGAAGGAGGCCACCACGCCCAGGUUCGGGAGCCUCAAGUUCGAGAGGAAGGGGAACCUGAGCCGGACCAGCGGGCAGGCGGCCGGGGCCGAUGAUGUCGGGCCCAGGGAAUCGGGCCACAAGUACCGGAACUUGGAAGAUGAUGAGGAUGAGGUGAGGACUAAUGGAGCGAUGCCCGGUGACCUCCGCAUACGGCCGCCCUCGCGGCAAAGCUCGGAGCUGUCGUUCAGUACGGUGAGCAACACGACGCAGCUCUCCUACCGCUCCUGCUUGAGUUGGACGAGGCAUCCGCUCAUCCUGAAGAAUCGCAAGGUGGUUAUCGCCUCCUUCGUCUUCCUCAUCGUGGGCAUCGCCUUGAUCAUCACAGGAAUCGCCUUGGAGGUGAACCCCAAUGCAGGGGUGUCGAGCGCUAUAUUUUUCGUGCCUGGAUUCCUGCUUUUUAUCCCGGGAGUCUACCACGUAAUCUUCAUCGUCUGCGCCGUCAAGGGGAAGAAGGGUUUCCGAUUCUUCAACCUACCCUAUUUCGAAAAGUGACUGCAGACUUAUUUAAAAAUAAUAACGCUAAUCAGCCAUCCGAUGCCAAAUACUGUACGCUCAAUGGCGGCGAGCCAUGUGUUGAAAUUAUGUAUCGACUAUAUUCAUAAUUCGCGGAGAAAAGUUCCAAUGGGAGCUUCAUGACUGUUCUCCGUUGACGAAAUAUGGAAAAUACAUUUUUUGUUGUUGUAGAGGUCUCUUUUUCUGUAAUAGGUUUUUUUGUAGCUUUUAAAUAUUUCUCGGAAUAAAAUGUGAACAAUUUUGUCUUUAGAACGAAUUACGAUUGACACGCAAAACUGGGCGGCUGCAGGGGCCACCUCUAAAAGCAACGCACAACCCGGGGAAAAAAAACAGUGAAGAAAAAUAACGCGGAAAAUCAAAGCAGCCAUUACGCAUUCGCUCAAUGUAAUCCGCACUACGACUCUAACCCGCUUAAAACUCCGUAUACUAAACUGGUCGUGGGACCCGAACUACUCGUGAAAACACAAUAGCUACGUUUACAUUAUCGGCCGUGAACAACGUUCGCUGUAUCGGAACGAUAGGCGUCGUUGCUUUGGAUCGUGAAGUGAAUUAGGUUUUUAUUAGCGCUCGCAUUGGGCCAUCUGUCGAACGAUUUGGGUUAAUGGCACGUCUUGCGUUUAGCGCUAGCCGGUGCCGCGGAAUGCGUCCGUGCUGUUGCAGAAGUUGCGUUAAAAGGUACACUUUUGUUUUUUCUCGCCCGCUCUGCACGAAGCAUUAAAUCGCCGAAGGAAGCGCUCGGCUUAAAUUUCAGUCUUUUUACUUGCAAUCGAUGCAGGCCUGUACCUGUGCAUGCUAUGUACGUAUUUAAUAUGGAUCGACUAUCGAUCUUGAAAAAGGAGACGUUAUGAUGGCUAACUUGUACGAGACAAUACGAAAUGUUUUGGUUUGCCGCCCCUUCAAGUCCCCUUCAAAGGCAUCAGCAAUCUGAGAGCAAUUUCACCUCUUGGAAGAGGGUCAGUUAUUUUUUCAUUCCAAAGAUAGUUCAAGUGACAGCUGACAUUGGCCGUACGCUCUUCACAUUCAUGCACAUUGCAUCUGCAAGCACGGCCGUAAUUAUUUCAUUGUGUAUACACGACGUAGGAAAUGGGGGAACGCGGCUGCAUGGUUAACAGAUCCCACUCAAAAGCUGAAGCGAAACGGACUCGAACUAACCACGAGGCUGGUGCAACGUGGGUGCCAUGUGCCUUAGAGACUGCAUUACCGUCAGCCAUUCUCAGUCAACUGUUGACUGAAGGCUAUGGCAUGCUGAUGCCAGUUGUUUCUGCAACCUAUGCUCACAAUUCUCCGUCCAAGUUGACUUGUUUUUCUUAAUGGCAGUUGCGACGAUGGUGUCUCGGAUUUUUGUUCGAUAUCCGUUGUGCGUGUUAUUAUUUAUCCCCUUUUGGUCUGAGUUCUUCAACCUAUUUUCCGGCGGACCGCAAUAAAAUAAGCUUCUUCUGG